AUGGAGAGCUUGGAACACACGGACCUUUUAAAUCCAAGCUCUUCCCACGGACACCACAGUUUUUCAGCCUCCCAUGAGAGAGUGACAAACGGUGAACACAUAUUCGGAGCUGCCGAGCUUCACCCUUUCCAAACCAACAUGGGACUAAAUGGACUGAACGGCUACUGCCAGGGCAUGGCGCCGGUUGGGAGCGCCACCGCCGCGGAAUUACUUUCAAGUCUGGCUUCGAAAACAAGCUCUUCUGGCAUCACGGUUUUAAAGAAACAGACGAAUACUGGGCUGCCGUUCUAUAACGGCGGGAUCGUGUCUCCGUCCGCAACCAUUGAGGGCAUCCACAGUGGGGUUUUGGCGCAAACUCCCAACGGUAACCCUCCGCAAGUGAAGGGGGUGGGGGAGACACUGAAUGGCCUUGCGCAACCCCUCGGCAACAGAGCAAGCCUCAUGGAGAACGGGGACAGAACACAACAUGAGAAAUGUGCUCUUCUGGUGAAGAGGGCCAAUGGUGACCCACGGGUCAAACAGCUGCACCAUCGGAAGCGGAGAGGCGAGGAGAACCGGGUCAUGGGUUCGGAGACGCCCAAAGGUUGUGGCUUGUCAGUGGGGUCAGGUUUAGGAUCUCUAGGUAUGAUGGCCUAUGGACCAGGCGAGUCGAUAACCCCGGACUGCAAACGGAGACGAGUGGCGGAGAGCGACGUUCACAAAGCGGAGCCCUCCAAACCCGGCAAGGCUGUCCUCCCGCUUGCUGGCAACGGCGACAACAGCAUCAACAAUAACCAUAGCAACCACAACCACUGCGCCACCCCUCACCUCCCUUUGUCCACCCCUCACAACAACAAGCUGCACCACAAUGGACACAAUGUGACGCUGCUGGGCCCCGGGGUUGUUCCAGGCCAGACGUCCCCGGUGGAGGCCAACGUCAUCCAGUCUCUACUGUUACCGGCCGGGGCGGGCUGGUCGGCGGAGCGUAUCGCACAGCAGUACAUCGUGCCCUGUAUGAAUUCCUACGGUAUCUGUGUGAAGGACAGUUUCCUGGGGCCGCGGCUGGGUGAGUCGGUGCUGGGCGAGGUGGAGCGUUUGAACCGCAGCGGGAAGUUCCAGGGGGGUCAGCUGGUCAGCCAGAGGAGCAUCCCCUCGCGGAGUAUCCGCGGAGACCAGAUCGCCUGGGUGGAGGGGCACGAGCCGGGGUGCGAGGGCAUCGCCAUGCUGAUGGCACACGUUGACGAGGUCGUGAUGCACAGCGCUGCCAACGGGAAGCUGGGGGACUGUGUCAUCAAUGGACGCACCAAGGUGAGGGAACAGGGAGGGUGGGGGAGGACCGAGGGGCAGGGUAGCAGGUAG